GAAGAUUUCAUAACAUUUAUUAUGAGACCAAAGAACAGUGACCCAGUACCUCUGGUAGAGAAUUGAGCAGUGUUUGCUUUUUACCAUCAUGGAGGCUUUAGUUGAUAUGUUAAAUGUAUUCCACAUGAAGGCCAGUGGAUUUCCUGUGACACUCAGCCUCUUCCUCAUUUUUCUGGGUCUUCUGUACUGGUAUUCAAUCUAUCCUUUUUCAGUCCUCUCUCGAUGUGGCAUCAGACAUCCAAAGCCAGUACCAUUCUAUGGUAACAUGUUCAUGUUUCGACAGGGUUUUUUCAACCCUAUCAGUGACCUCAUAAAAACACACGGCAGAGUUUGUGGGUAUUAUUUGGGUCGGAGAGCAGUGGUGGUGGUGGCCGACCCUGACAUGCUCAGACAAGUGAUGGUCAAAGAUUUCAGCAGCUUCCCAAACAGAAUGACUAUUCGCUUUGCCACCAAACCCAUGACCGACUGUCUGCUCAUGCUGAGGAAUGAAAGGUGGAAGAGAGUCCGUAGUAUCCUGACGCCGUCCUUCAGUGCUGCCAAGAUGAAGGAGAUGGUUCCACUCAUCAACACAGCCACCAGCUCCCUGAUGAAUAACUUGAACAUCUAUGCCGAGUCAGGGGAAGCCUUCGACAUUCACAAGUGUUUUGGCUGCUUCACUAUGGAUGUUAUCGCCAGUGUGGCAUUUGCAACUCAGGUGGACUCUCAGAACAACCCAGAUGAUCCUUUUGUCAACCACGCUCAGACGUUCUUCACCUUUAAUUUCUUCAGGCCCAUCAUGCUGGUUUUCAUUGCAUUUCCAUUUAUCAUGGCUCCUCUGGCGAAAUUCAUCCCCAACAACAGGCGAGACCAGAUGAAUCAGUUCUUCAUCCGCAGCAUUCAGAGGAUCAUCGAACAGAGAGAGGAGCAGCCUCCUGAACAGAGGCGUAGAGAUUUCCUUCAGCUGAUGUUGGAUGCACGGAGCAGCAGUGAGUCUGUGUCUGUGGAGCACUUUGACACAGCGAACCAUACUGAUGAGCCUGAAUACAGGGACCAGCAGGCACAGCCGUCAACCUCGAAUCAGGAUGACCGUCUUAACUCACAGGAGACACCCACCAGGCGUCCACAGAAAAAGAUGAUAACAGAAGACGAGAUCGUGGGUCAGUCUUUCGUGUUCCUCCUGGCGGGCUACGAAACCAGCAGCAACACACUGGCCUUCACUUGCUAUCUGCUGGCCCUUAACCCUGAAUGUCAAUGUAGAGUGCAGGAAGAGGUGGAUGAUUUCUUCACCAGACAUGAGGCACCAAAUUACACAAAUGUCCAGGAGCUGAAGUAUUUGGACAUGGUUAUAAGUGAAGCAUUGCGCCUUUACCCUCCUGGAUUCAGGUUUGCUAGAGACAUCGACAAUGACUGCGUGGUGAACGGCCAGUGUCUCCCUAAAGGAGCAACGCUGGAGAUCCCAGCAGGCUUCCUCCACCGCGACCCAGAGUACUGGCCAGAGCCUGAGAAGUUCAUCCCAGAAAGAUUCACACCAGAAGCCAAAGCCAGUAGACAUCCAUUUGUCUACCUGCCGUUUGGGGCUGGCCCCCGAAACUGUGUGGGAAUGAGGCUCGCCCAACUGGAAAUCAAAAUGGCUCUAGUUAAUCUGUUCCAGAGGUUCAGUGUUGUGGCCUGCUCUGAGACAAAGGUUCCUCUUGAGUUGAAGUCGUCAAGCACUCUAGGACCUAAAAAUGGCAUAUUUGUGAAAAUCACAAGAAGAGACACUGAAGAAGGUUGAGUGGAUUCUCCUCCAGAUGAUUAGACAAUGAGUGUUGUCUCCUAGAUGGUACAGGAAAGAAGAAUGAGGAGCAACAAACCAUCCUGCAGGUCUAUAUUCUCAUAGUGGCUCACUAUUAAUGGAUUCAAUUCUCUCCAGAGUUUACCUGAACAAAUUAAAAGAAAUGAUAAGUUACUAUACACAGUAUACCUCCAUCUAGUGCCUUUUUUGAUUGAGGGUGAGCUGGACAGUGGACUGAAGAUGGAGAAUAGCACUGCUAUGUGACAUUUGCACACAAUUGUAGUUGGUUCAGGUGCUCUUCACCUGUCCAAUCAGGCAGCUUAGGUGUGCCUGACCUCUUUGAUUGUUAGUGUGAUAAAACAACAAGAAAGAGCGAGGGAGAACAUAGAGAGAGUAACAGAGGAAUAAGGUUGCACUUUGCUUAAAACGAGCAACUCACAGACUCUUACCUCAAUAUACUUAGCAAUAUUGAUCAUUUUUAGCUUAUAUAGGAAAAGUGUUUUUUUAUCAACCAUUCAUUGGUACAAUGUUUUUUUAAGUAAUUAUUUUUCUAUUUUACACUGUAGCAUUAAGUUUUAAAGGUUUAACUUAUCAUCUUCUCAAUUUACUCUGGUUUGUAUAAUGCAGUGAUGAAAAGGAAAAGAAAGUGAAAUUAAAACUUGUGCAGUGUGUUAUGUAAAAUCUAAUAAUAAAAGUAAUGACAAAACGAGCCUGUAGGGCUUGUUCAGCCAGACCUGAACUUGAAAGGUUGCACAUUCCGUCACCAAAUGGGCAGUCUGUUGUUUAACAAAGCUGCUCACUCUUUGCUGCUGCUUCCCAUAGACUGACACAACACCAGCAUGUCCACACAUGGGUUUGGUCUGUGUAUGUGUGAUUCCCUAUAGCAUCACUACUGAUAUCUCCCUGCAGUUUGGUUUGUUCAAAAGAUGAUGCAUGAAAGGAGCAGAUCAAACUAUUGUUUUCUGAUACCUGAUCCACUUAUGUCAUUCAUGAUUCUUUACGCACAUUUAUACUUGAAGGGCAUUACGUGAUUAUUUGUCAUGUGGUUAAGUAACUUUCAUCUUAGUUUGAAUUUUAUCUAAUGACGAUGAUGAGUGAUUUUUGUUGAAUACAAUAUGAAUUUUAAUCUUGAAUGUAUACAGUAAUAAAUCUAUUACAGCAACUGUGAU